AAGCGAGAGGUUAACCCUGGUUGGGGAAUCCCAGGCGUGAAACUGAAAACCCUUUGCCCAUUUUAUCCUCCGGAUCUGACCAGCUCUCCACUCCACUGAUAAUACUUGCCAUUUUUCUUAGACACGCUCCAAGUUCAAAAGUUGACGGCGGGCAGAAGAGGAGAGGAGAGGAGAGGAGAGAGAGAGAGGGGGAGAGAGAGAUAGAGGGGUUCCUGAAUCCAGGCGCAGGCCAUUGAUCCGAAGGAGACGAAGAAGAAGCUGCCUUUCUUGUUCCGAGACCCACCAAUGGGUCGGAGCCUGAGCCCGCUGCUCCGCCAGGAGCUGGAGAACCUCGACAAGGAUGCUGACAGCCGCCGCAACGCCAUGAAGACGCUCAAGUCCUACGCCAAGCAGCUGGACUCCAAGUCCAUUCCCCACUUCCUUGCCGAGGUCUCCGACAACAAGGCCCCUGGCCUGUCCUCUGGUGAGUUUACCAUCUCGCUCUACGAGGUCCUCGCCAGGGUCCAUGGCCGGAACAUCGUGCCACAGAUCGGCAACAUCAUGUCUACCAUCAUGUGCACACUGUCGUCGAGUGGCGGGUCCUUUCCCCUGCACCAGGCCUGCUCCAAGGUGGUCCCAGCAAUUGCACGUUACGGUAUCGAUCCCUCAACGCCCGAGGAGGAGAAGGCUGGUAUCAUUGCUUCCCUUUGCAAGCCCCUUUGCAGUGCGCUCAUGGGCAAUCAGGAUGGUGCGGCAUCAGGCGCUGCCCUCUGCCUUAAGGCGCUUGUUGAGUCCAGCAAUUGGAGGUUUGCGUCUGGCGAGACGGUGAAUGAGGUUUGCUUGAAGGUUGCUGGGGCAAUGCACAAUAAGUCAACGCAGUCCAAUGCUCACAUGGGCCUGGCAAUGGCGCUGGUCAAGCACAAUGGUCUAAUUGCAGAGGCGUAUGCGAGAUCCCUUGUGCGUUCUGGCUUGCAAAUUCUUGAUGAUGACACUGCAGAGAGCAGCUCCCAGAAGCGUCUCUCGGCGAUCCAGAUGAUCAAUUUCUUCAUGAAGUUUGUUGAUCCUAGGAGCAUAUCCUCAGAGCUUAGCAAAGUGGUUGAUGUCAUGGAGCAAUGCCAGAAUGACCGCAUGCCAUUUGUCCGAGGUGCUGCCUUCGAGACAUCACAGACUGCAAAGAACAUUGCUGCACAGAAGGGGUCAAGGCAUGAGGUCAGCACGAGCCCGAUGGUUGGCUCCAACUUCCAAAGGAGAAGAGAGAAGAGCCCAUGCAGGAGUCUCUGGAGUGCCAAGGGCAGCCCUGGAAGCUCCACUAUGUCUCUUUCUCCAGUUCAGUUCCAGUCCCCGGAAUCUCAUGUUGUGGCCUCAUCCAUAAUGUAUGACAGUACACUCACUGAAUCACCGAUCUCAGUCGGGCAAUCCUCUUGCAACUUUGAUCAGAAUCGGCGUGCAAACAGGAGGUUGUGGAGCAAUGAUGGUGUGGAUGUUUCUCUGAAGGAUGGCUUGUUCCUUAGGUUCUGCUCAAAUAGCAAGUGCUUGGAUGAUGACAUGGGGGAGGUCUGUGACAGCGAAGUAACUGAUACCAAUUUUGAGUGCACUGAUACAUUCGCAGGAUUUGUGUCAGCUAGCCCCAACAGCACAAUGUCAAGAAAUAAGACCCCCAAUCCCCAGGCUUCUGAAAAGCCAGUCAGCAUUGAUGAUGUGAAGAUUUACACAACGCCUAGAAAGCUUCUCCGAUCGCUUCAGAGCUCAUAUGACUUCGACUCUACUCGCCAUGAGGAACAAUCCAUUGCCAAGCUUAACAGCUCUUCAUCGUCGUCGUCAUCAUCAUCUUCAGAUCAGGAGCAUAAGGAACUAGUGGAAUCAUCUGAGGAUAUGCAAUCCCAGCAGUCUGAUAACAAGGCCGAAGAGGGGAAGGAAGAGACUGGAAUCUCUUAUGUGCCAAGUGCCAAUGGUAGUACUGAGAUUGUCUCCAAUGAAAAUAAAUCAGGGUUGUCCACUAUUGAAGUUGAGAAUACAUCCUGCAAAGCAUCCUCUGAAGUUGACUGCGAAGAGCAAGAUGUUUGUGUGAGAAGCAGCAGAGGAAACACCAGGAAGUACAAGGCAAUAUUCAGUGUUCUUUUGAGCAUGAUCGUUGUCUUCAUAGCAAUAAUUGCUGUGUUGAUUAGGAUAGAUAGCUGUGAGGAAUAUGUUGGCCUUGUUCCCACUUGAUGUCGUUAGGCUACAUUCUCUGUGCCUGACUGUUUAGUUCAUUGUAUUGUUUACCACGAUAGGGUGGUAAGCAGCUUAAUUAUUCUGCAGUCAUUAAUCUUUGUAUGACAGCAAAACCAUGAUAUGCUUGUUGAUUUUAUUUCUGUGAUGUGCUUGUAAAGUGAUUCUAUGUCGUGUUUCUCUGCUAUUAUCAGAGCAUAAAGCCUGUUUGUAUUGCUCUGCUGAAAGUAAUGACUGUGACUUCUCUAAA